AUAAUGGUAAUAUAAACAACAGUUUUUGUUGAAUUUUUUCAUUAUUUCCCACCUUUCUUUAUCGGCAACUGAUUUUUUUCCUAUUUUUUUCUUGCAGGACUACCUAACAAUGUCCAGUGAUUCACCGCGGGUUAUUCUUAUGUCGUAUGAAAUGUUUCUACAGCAUACUAGUGAAAUCUAUGAAAUUUCCGACUUGGAUAUGGUUGUAUGUGACGAAGGGCAUAGAUUGAAAAAUUCCAAUAUCAAUACAACUAUGGUAGGUUGUUUGGAAUCGUUUGUUUAUUGGUACACAGAAUAUGUAAUAUAACGAUGGAUCAUUAUAUACAUAUUUUAGUCGAUAAAUUAUUUGUCAGUCUGUUAUUGCAUAGGUUGGCUUGUGCAGACUACUAGCAAUAAACACUAGAUCACGUUACUUGAUUAUGUGAUCCGUACAAUCACUCAAUGAAACAACCCUUCAAUCAUGUUCAGGCCUCAAACACGAGGUUAUUGAUGCAGGCACUUUGUCGACUACGUGCACGUAGACGUUUACUAUUAACUGGGACUCCAUUACAAAAUCACUUGAAUGAAUUAUGGUCAUUGGCUAAUUUCUGUGUACCAGGACGUUUAACUUCAAGUUUAGAAGAGUUUCGUCGUCAAUUUGUUAUUCCAUUAUUAAAUGGUCGUAACUUAGUACAAAAUGUUAAAAACAAUCUUCACAAUAAUGAUGAUGAUUGUGAUUCUUGGAGUUAUACAGACUAUGAGAAAAAUAGUGAUGAUUUAGAAAGUCCAUCAGCCAAAUUAUUCCGACUAUUGAACAGUUUCUUUUUAAGACGCACAUGUGAUGUCAUUGCACCAAAACUAACUGAUAAAACUGAACAUAUUUUGUUUUGUCAUCCGAGUAAACUGCAAACUGAUUUGGAAGCUAUACUUACACAAUGGAUGAAUAAUGAAUUUAAUUUAAGUCGAAAUGAAUCUCUUAAAUUAUUCUCACACGAUGAUGAUUAUGAAGAUUUUAUUAAAUCUGUGGAAAGCGUAUCGUCAUCACGUUCAAAACACCAUAGUUCCAUUUUAUCAGUUAUAACAGCAUUUCGUAAACUUCACAAUCAUCCAUAUCUAUUAAGAAAUUACUUAAUACAGUCAAAUUCUACACAAAAUCAAUCAGCUGAUCGUCUACCUACAAAACUAACUGCAGAUUUACUCCAUUUGUUGAAUUCUGAAUAUUCAAUAGUUAAACAAGAUCUCUGUUAUGCAAAUCUAAAUGAAUUCAUUCAAUUAUCUGGAAAGUUCCAUGUUCUUUAUAUUAUGCUAAAACGACUGUUUGACAAACAACUGUCAUCUUCGUCCACAGUAAAUUUUCAGAAAAAAUCUCGACUAUCUAACAGUGAUACUAAAAAUAGUUUACAUAUUGAUGAUCGUCUUGUAUUAGUUUCCAAUUUUACUCAGACACUUAAUCUGUUGGAGAAAUUAUGCAAUCUAGUCACUGGACAACCAUCUCUUCGACUAGAUGGUCAGACAACGAAUAAACAACGCGCUGAAGUUGUUCAGAGAAUCAAUGAUCCGAAAUCUCAUGAUCGUAUAUUAUUGCUUAGUUCACGUGCUGGUGGAGUUGGUUUAAAUUUAAUUGGUGCUAAUUACUUAAUUUUAUUCGAUAUGGAUUGGAAUCCAGCAAACGAUGCACAAGCUAUGGCUCGUAUUUGGCGUCCGGGACAGUCUAGAUCGGUUAAUUUAUACCGUUUAGUAACAGCGGGUGGUAUGGAAGAACGUAUAUUUCAACGACAAGCAGCUAAAUUGGCUUUAACCAGUCAAACAUUAGUCAAUACAUCAAUGUAUAAUGAAAAUCUUUUGGAAUUUAUUGAGACAAAAAAGAAACCUGAUAAAAAUCUUGGAAUUCUUACUCGUGAUGAAUUGAAAGAAUUAUUUCUCCUUCCGAAUACAUCAACAGGGUCAUGGACUCAUGAACUUAUUCAGUGUAAUUGUCAUCAAUCUCUGGAAAAGAAGUCUAUCACCCCAAGUCCUUCUCUCUCAUCGUUAUCAGACAUUGAAAACUAUGAUUCCGCUGAUCAAAUUGUAGUGAAGACCUUUAUAGAUUAUUCUCAUGAACUUGACGAUAAAGAGAACAGAAAAGAAGAAAUAGAAUCAUCAGAAAGCACUACUGGUAUUACCAAUGAUGAGAAUGAAGAUGAUGAAUAUUCCAAUAUUAGAAUAUUUCAAUUAGGUCCUACAAAUCCACUUAUUACUGACAGCUUGAAAUCACCCAAAUCCCAAUUCACCUAUUUGAAACAACAGUCAGCUUCAAUGUCAACGAAAACUCCCAAGUUACCAUCAUCUGAUUCACUCGGUUUUUUAUUGAAUUGGAAACAUUCUUUUUCAUCUGAACAAAUAGAUCAGUUGAAUGAUCGACUUUUAAUAACACAUCAAUCGGACCCUAUGAAAUCUUUAAUAAACUGUAUAUUUACACUAAAUUCAAAAGCAUCUUAAAUAUUUAGUCUUUUUUAAGUUAUCUUUAUUAUAUCCAUUAAUUUUCUCAUCUCUGUUCAUGCCUUUCUUGGAUAACGACUUGAGUGUAUUCAUAAACAGUCCUAUUUAUAAUGUAUACCAUUAAGUGCUGUUUGUGUAUUGGGGAAGAUGUUCAUUAAAAUACAUAUUGUCCUUCAAUAAAUGAAAAUGUAAAUAUUGUUAAGUUUUUC